AUGACCUUCGACGAGGACUUCGGCCCCCCCUCCCCAGGACCAGGUCGCAAGAUCCCUGGUGCUGUCCUUCUUGCUGCGAAUUGGACAGGGAAAAUUGUCUAUCUCAAUGCUCAAGGAUUCACGUCGGUUGAUGAGAGCCUCGCCAAGCCCGUCACAGCAGACACAACUUUCUGGGUGGCGUCAUGUACGAAACUCGUGACUACGGUGUCCGCAUUACAGUGUGCCGAAAAAGGUCUCCUUUCUCUUGACGACGAGCAUCAACUCUCGGCCAUUCUCCCCGAAUAUGCCACCCCAGUGUUCUGGCAGGGUUUGACUCUGUGUCUGGUUCGCCGCCGGUGA